AUGGAUAAGCAGCGAUUAGAUAAGAUUCUUGAACUUCUCUGGGCAUGCAAGCUCCCAAACAUGGAUGAUACAAGAUAUCUUUUAACUUUGGGCCAACAAGUUCUUAUUAAAGAAGCCAAUGUUUUGGAAUUAAAGAGUCCAAUUACCCUUUGUGGUGAUAUCCACGGACAAUUUUACGAUCUUCUCGAACUGUUUUCAGUUGGUGGACAUCCUCCGGAACAAAACUUCUUAUUCCUGGGAGAUUACGUUGAUAGAGGAUUUUAUUCAACUGAAACCUUCUUCCUUUUGCUCGCACUGAAGGUCAGAUUCCCAACAAAGAUCUUCCUCAUUAGAGGAAAUCACGAAAGUGCUCAAGUAACUCAAGAUUACGGCUUCAAAGAAGAAAUUAAAAGAAAAUAUAACGAUGAAUCAGUUUACGAUUUAUGUUUAGAAGUAUUUAAUGCUCUACCAUUAGCCGCCGUUAUUGAUAAGGAAGUAUUUUGCGUUCAUGGCGGAUUAAGCAAAGAUUUACAUACAGUAUCUCAACUUAACGAAAUUGAUCGUAACGCAGAGCCACCAGAAUAUGGCCUCUUUUCAGACAUUCUUUGGUCAGAUCCAGACCCUACUAUCAGUGGAUUUGAAGAAUCUCAGCGUGGCGCUGGAUAUCUCUUUGGAGGAGAUGUUACAGCACAGUUCUUAAAGAAUAACAACCUGAAAUUCAUGUGCAGAGCUCAUCAGGUGGCUCAGGAUGGUUAUGUCAACUGGUUCAAUGGUCUUUGCUAUACAGUUUGGUCAGCACCAAACUAUUGCUAUAGAGGAGGAAAUCUCGCUACAGUUUUCGAAAUUACAAAUUCUGAAAAAACUAAAUUUAAGAUUUUCCGUGAAGCUCUGGCUUGUGCAAGAGGAAAACAAUCGGAAUCAAUGCUUCCUCAGUAUUUUGUUUAA